CCGCUGGCAGUCGCGGGAGCGGGCGCGCUGGGAGCACGUGUGCGGCUGCGAUCUGGGGCCGGGUCGGAGCCGGAGCCAUGUUCCUGCAGUACUAUCUCAACGAGCAGGGGGACCGGGUGUACACCCUCAAGAAAGUAAGCCCCUCUGGCCAAGUGACUUCCUCUGCACAUCCUGCCCGCUUCUCCCCAGAUGACAAAUACUCCCGCCACCGGGUCACCAUCAAGAAGCGCUUUGGCGUCCUCAUGACACAGCAGCCGCGGCCCAUUAUGUGAGGGCAGGCCUUUUCCCAGCUGGAAGCACAGAAACGUGCCCCUGACUGCCCUGAAAUGGGACAGUCCUGCUCAGCUGAAGCUGGCUCAGUGGCUCCCUCUGCACCAACUCAUCUUCCACUCCUUUGUUUAUCCCUCUCCUUGUGAUCUGACUGCUGAUCCUAAACACAUCCUAAAACCUUUCCCCAUUCUCCUCUUGUCUGUGGAAAAACUGCUUUGAUUCCCCUUUUGAUCAAGCCAGAGUUAAUCACUGUAGUUGAAAACAUGGUUUGUCUUUUGAUUGCCAAUAAAUUAUCUGAUGUUUAUUUCUA